UUUAUGUUAACCUUCAGAGAGCGCAAGUCCGCAGAGGGAAGACCGAAAAUUGUACUAUCCGCGCUGUUCUCAUCAAAAACUCGCCCAAAUUAUUUGCUCUAAUUCGAUUUUUUAUUGGUGACGUUAUCCAAAAUGGCUUUCGGCGACUAUCCGGCCGAUUACAACCCCAAAGUUCACGGACCUUACGAUCCGGCUCGUUACUACGGCAAACCAGAUACACCCUUGUCACAGGUCAAACUCGGCGAGUUUGGUCAAUGGAUUGGUCGCCGUAAUAAAUCGCCACAGGCAAUGAUUGCCGCUAUCAGUCGUGGAUACUGGAGAUGGUCUCACAAAUAUGUCCAACCCAAACGUACAACAUUGACUCCAGUUUUACAUGUUAUUUGUGGUAGCAUGUUGUUCUUCUACUGUAUUAACUACGGUAAAUUUGUUCAUCAUCGCAACUACAAAUACCACUAAUGGCGUUAUUAUAAAAUAAGAAGUAAAUAUUAUUAGUUGGAAAAAUUGUUUUGUUUCUAAAAGUAUCCGUAAAAUAUAUCAAUCAUAUACCAAUUUAA